AUGAGCUUGGAUAAGAAUAUCAACCUCCUGGAGAUGGAGAAACUGCCACGUGAGAUACGAGUGAAAAUACCUGGGGGAGUAACAGGAACAUUAGCAAUUCCACAUGCUGCUGACCUUGAGGGCGACGCGAAGUAUCAAUUUGCCUCGCCAACGAACCGUAUUGCUCUUCUUUUACAUGGCCAAGGUGGUCAUCGUGACUACUGUUACCAGAAAUUGGUAGCUCAUCGCUUGGCUGCGGAAUUGGGGAUGUAUUCGUUUAGAAUUGACUUUAGAGGUUGUGGAGACUCGGACGACUACGAGGAUCAGACUCUAGGAAGAACACUUGAGCUGGAUACCAUUGACAUACAGAAUUCUGUCUCCUACGUACUUGAUGGCUCCAAGAAUGAACUUGGUAUUGAUUUCGAACUUGCUGCCCUUAUAGCUCAUUCGAGAGGAAGCGUGGCUAUGUUUCUUUGGGCAAUGGAACAGGAUAAACUUUCGAUUACGGAACCGGAGAAAGCUGUUAUAGUCCCAAAUUUGAUCAAUAUGUCGGCUCGUUUUGACUCUAAGACAGUAUAUGACAGGUAUCCUACUGAAGAUAACACGUGGGAAUACUUAUUGCAAACUGGUCUUCGUUAUGGAAAGUGGGAAAAAUACAGGAUUCCCAAGAACGAGAUCGAUGAAUUGUCAAAACCUGAUUUGACCAAGUUGAGAAAUCUUUCUCUAAAGUGGUCUGUCUUGAGUGUAUACGGGAUGGAAGAUGACAUCAUUCCAAAAAUUGACAGUGCGGGCUACGCCAACCAUCUCAAUCGCGGACCGUACUCUCAUGAACUUCAAUUAAUUCCUGGUGCGGACCACAAUUUCUAUGGUGUCGAGCCGUUGGAAGACCCUGACGAUGCCGACUUGAUCAAUCCUUAUAAUCUCCCACUUAACAAGAAUAAGUUGGUAAAUUAUAAUUAUCUAGCGGCGGCUUACAUUUUGAGGUACCUUCAACCUGAGGCAGAGCUGACACGGUUCUUGCACUUGAGCAACUGGAUAAGCAAAGUAUCUAGAUGGAAACUCAUAGACGGAAUAAGCAACUUUCGAGAUAUCGGGGGCUGGGAAGUGGCUAAGCCUCGGUUUGGGCGCUCUGAUAAUCUGGUGAAAUACUCAGUACGCCCGAGCUUUAUUUUCCGAAGCGCCAACACCAAUUCGGUGACAGAAAAGGGUAUGCAAGGGCUCAAGGAUUUGAAUAUUAAAGUGAUUUAUGACCUUCGCUCAAACCAGGAAUGCAAAAAAGAUGGCUUCCCAGAGAACUUGGACCGCAUCAAUGUUGAACGUGUAUUCAACCCAGUCUUUGCGAACGAAGAUGCUUCACCGCAAGCUUUGGCUCUCAAGACUGCUAAUUUACUUACACAUUGGGACACCUAUGUUCACCUAUACGAUAACAUGCUUGAUGAGGGUUAUCGGGCUUUUCAAAAAAUGUUUCAGCACAUUCGUGAUUAUCCCGACGCUCCGUUCGUCUUUCAUUGUACGGCUGGAAAAGACAGAACUGGGAUUUUCUCUAUGUUAGUUUUAAGAUUCGUGGGUGUCGAUAAGCAUACAAUUGCGAGAGAGUACGAUCUAACUACCCAUGGGUUAAAACCUGAUCAUCCUAAAAUAACAAAAGCAUUUGAGGAUGGUUUGGAAAGGUUUAGAUCUAAAAUGAAUUUGAGUGAUCUUGAACAGAUGGUAGCACAUGGUCGGAAGGGGUGGUCUUUAGAAGUUGAUGGCUUGCAAAACCUUUUGAGCUCCCGUUAUGAGGCCAUGCUCGCAACGAUUGACUUACUUGAUGAAAAAUAUGGGGGAGUCGUCAAUUAUAUGAAAGGAUAUCUUGGCUUCACUGAUCAAGAGUUGCAGACUAUUUUUGAUAAUUUGGUUACCACUGAGCCUCAAGAUGCCUCAAGCAAGACAAACAUAGAUGCGAAGUUCUGA